UCUAAGGCCAUGGGCAUCAUGAACUCCUUCGUCAACGACAUCUUCGAGCGCAUCGCCGGCGAGGCGUCUCGCCUGGCGCACUACAACAAGCGCUCCACCAUCACGUCGCGGGAGAUCCAGACGGCCGUGCGGCUGCUGCUGCCCGGCGAGCUGGCCAAGCACGCCGUCUCCGAGGGCACCAAGGCUGUCACCAAGUACACCAGCUCCAAGUAAAUACCUGCUCAAAAUACUGUUUAACCCAAAGGCUCUUUUAAGAGCCACCCAAAUUUUCAGUAAAAAGAGCUUUAAUUUCUGU